CAGGCUGAAGGCCCGAGAACCCGAGGACAAUUCAAAAUUUAACUACAUAAAAAACCCCCCGCCUAUCUCCACAUUCAAAUUAAAACGGUAAAGAUAAAAAAGUUCACCAUUUUCUCAGUUUCAGACAAAUCGAUCGGAAUCUGACCGGAAAAUGGAACAGAAAAAAGCGUCACAAACUUCAUGCACCCCAUCACCCUUCCAGGACCUCCCAUUUAAAGAAAUCUCCAAUUUCAAAACUCCAAAGCCUUCACGAUAUGCAGCAAAGUUCAGUUCUCCUUCUCCUACACCGGUUCAGCGCCAGCCGGAGUUCUUCACCGCCUUGAAAACCACGCCGGUAUCCUCCGUGAACCGUCGUGGAAGCAUGAAGCCGUCGGCGGUGAAGUCGAGUGCUGCUGCUCGAAGAUUAAAGGCGUUCGAGCUCGAGCAAGCGAAAUCAGCACGAAAGGCGUUGAUUAACAAAGAGAGAUCGUUGAAAUCACUCGCGAAGUCGCUUACCGUGUGGCUGAAUUUCUUGUUUGAAAACCCUAGCUCUUGUGGCUGCGAUGUCUCGAGUUUCACUGGAGGAUUUGAGACGUCCAAUCGGCUGCCGUAUGUUGCAGGAAAUGGGAAGAGGAGGGAAAGUGGGGCAGGGAACAACACUGUUGGAGUUGAUGUGCUGUGGCGGGGGCCCAAGAGGCAGAGGCAUUUAUCCUCAAAUUUUGAAGAUGAAGGGACAACAGCAUUUUCAGAUUCCAUGUUUUCGAGACUUAAAGCUUCGUUGACUGACAUUUGCAGCUUUGAUGAUUUAAAGGAGAGGAUGAGUGGUUACCUCAGCUUGGGAAGCUGUAAAGAGGUUUUUGUUACAAUGACUCAAGUAACAAAGACCAUUGAUGAAGGACGCCUGAAAAUGAGAGCUCAUUGUCCCAUGGUAACUGAUGUUGGAAUGAAGGAGAAAUCCUUGAGAACUCUUAUGUGUUAUAACCCCGUUUGGCUUCGGAUUGGAUUGUACAUACUCUUGGGGGGCGACACCUUGUUACCAAAUGGAGAUGUCAAUUCCGAACAAGAAAUUGCCUUCUUGAGGAUGGUGCUUGAUAAGCAGUUUUUCUCACAUGUUGGUCUAGCAAAGACCUAUGCUUAUAACAAGUUAGUGGAGGGUUUAUAUAGACCUGGUUACUAUGAAAAGUUAGGCAAUAUUGUCUUGAAGAGAUUUUUGUUGCUUGUUCUCAUACUAGAUAGAGUCAAAACUCAGAGUAGUCUGCCACUUAAAUAUGGUAUUGACGCACAAGAUGGUGGAUCUCCUCUUUUGUUCUCUUUGCAAUCAGAUGCUAAAUCUAGCCGUCAACUGAUCAACAAGUUCUUAUCAUCCGAUGUGAUGCAUGGUGAAGGCAAUCUACUUGCGCAUCUUGUCAUCGUAGGCUAUAAAGUGACAUAUCAACAGAAUCCUUUGCUUGAGUAUCACUUUGGUGUGGCUGAUUUAUUUAAGGACCUUCAGGAUGGCAUUCGACUUUGCAGAGCCAUUCAACUCUUGCAACAUGAUCCUUCUAUCCUCUCGAAAAUGGUAGUUCCCUCAGAUACUCGCAAGAAGAGUCUGGGGAACUGUGGCACAGUUCUACAAUUUCUCAGGGAGGCAGGUGUCCCAUUGUGUGAUCAAGAUGGAACAAUCAUAAUGGCAGAAGACAUCGUUGAUGGAGACAAGGAGCUCACCAUUUCAUUGCUCUGGAACAUCUUUGUGCACUUGCAGGAUCAAUUGAAUUUCCACAAGUUAUUGGGAUUUAAUUGUCAAAGUCCUGAAAGGAGACGGCUAAGCACGGACAGUGUUAUGCAUCCUGACAGCUGUAACCCCCAGAACAAAAUGAUUGACAAAGGAAGCUUUUCAGCAAUUAAAUCCAGUUAUGUCCGCAAAACGGAUUGCUCAAAGAGAAGUUUAAGGCCGGUAAAUCUCAAAUCAUAUGAUUCAGUGUUUAAUAAUUUUUUGUUGUGCCAGAGCCAUUGUCGUGGCUGGUUAACAAGGAAAAGGCUGCUCAUUGAAAAAGAGGCUGUUAUAAAGAUUCAAACUGCAAUUCGGAGCAUGAAAUACCGGAAAGCAUUCCUUCGCCAAAGGCACGCUACUCUGGAAAUACAACGAUUUGCAAGAGGAGCCAUUACUAGAAAGAGUCUCCUAGGGGCCUCUUGCUACAGUAAUAUCUCAAAAUUGGGUGACCAAACUCUUGCACUUAAAAUACUAUUGCAAGCAGUAUUAAAGUUGCAAAGGUGGUGGAGAGGUAAACUUCUUCAUGAACAGAGAACAAAAGCAGCACUUGUCAUCCAAUCGCAUGUCCGAGGAUGGACAGCCCGGCAAAGUGCUUCAAGAAACAAGCACCAAAUUAUUGUGAUCCAAAGCCAUUGUCGUGGCUGGUUAACAAGGAAAAGGCUGCUCAUUGAAAAAGAGGCUGUUAUAAAGAUUCAAACUGCAAUUCGGAGCAUGAAUUACCGGAAAGCAUUCCUUCGCCAAAGGCAUGCUACUUUGGAAAUACAACGGUUUGCAAGAGGAGCCAUUACUAGAAAGAGUCUCCUAGGGGCCUCUUGCUACAGUAAUAUCUCAAAAUUGGGUUACCAAACUCUUGCACUUAAAAUACUAUUGCAAGCAGUAUUAAAGUUGCAAAGGUGGUGGAGAGGUAAACUUCUUCAUGAACAGAGAACAAAAGCAGCACUUGUCAUCCAAUCGCAUGUCCGAGGAUGGACAGCCCGGCGAAGUGCUUCAAGAAACAAGCACCGAAUUAUUGUGAUCCAAGCAUACAUGAAAGGUUACCUUGCAAGAAAAGACUUAAGAGGGCAGCUUCUUGAUUUGCGUCUGAGAGUACAAAAAUCUGCUGCAAAUGUUGAUGAUGGUAUGCGCAUAAUAAACAGGCUUGUUGCAGCACUGUCAGAACUUCUGAAUAUGAGAAGUGUCAGCGACAUUCUUCGUAUCUGUGCAACUCUGAAUAUGGCAACACAACAUUCACAAAAAUGUUGUGAAGAACUUGUUGCUGCGGGUGCUGUUGGUACAUUGUUAAAGCUGAUCAGCUCUCUCAGCCGGAGCCUACCUGAUCAAGAAGUUACAAAACAUGCACUCUCCACUCUCAGAAACCUUUCCCGAUAUCCACACUUGAUUAAUGUAAUAAUUGAUAGCUGUGGAUCAGUGGAAACAAUCUUGCGGGAGUUUUUAAGAAAUAAAGAAGAGGGAUAUUUCAUUGCGUCAGACCUUUUGAAGAAGAUAUUCACAGAGAAAACAGGUGUUGAAGCUGUGCACAAGUUGCCUGCUCUUUUGAGGAGACUACGCGAUCAUGUAGAAGAACUUUCACGGAAAGCAAAACCCGACAAGUGGUCCAGGACUCCACAGCCACAUGCAAGGAAAGAGCUGGACAAAAGAUUGAGAGAAGCUGUUGAGAUAUUGGAAUUGAUUAAAGUGUCCCUCGGAAAUCCAACUAGACGACUCUCUUACAAGGGGCAAGUCGCAAUUCACUUAACUAAAGUAGGUUAAAGUAGACGCAAAGUAAAGGGGACUAGAGGGCCCACCCUGUGGCUGCCGUCCCAACCUUUAUCUUUUCCGAAGUGCAUCAAAGGAGAUUCAGAUUCCAUGGCCCAAAAAUAUCCACCAGCAAAACCUACUGUCAAAGGUAGAAAUGUUAGAAUCUACACCAAUGUGUCACAAGUUCUUAAAUGCAGGGCAAGUCCGGAUAUAAUCGACCCUUAUGGUCUGACUCUUUCCCGAACCUCGUGCGGGAGCUUAGUGCACCGAGCUGUCCCUUAGUGUCACAAGUUCUGCUCCCUUGGAAAAGAUGAAAAUAUUUCGCAUCUUUCUAUGUUCUCUGCUUUCUGCAAUUACAAAUUGAAAUGGGACACCACUAUAUACCUUCUUAAUUAACUAAAUUCAACUUCCAAUGGUGCAUUAUAUUCUGAAACUAUCAUCCCCAGGUUUUCCUUGGAGAUCAUUCAUAAGAUUCAGUUUUAAUACUCCUCAAUUUUAAUAUUCUUUUGGGAGGAUGGACCAUGAAAAGGAGAAGGGAUGGAAGAGGAGAAGC